AUGGCUUCUACGACAACAAACACCAUGACUAAACCAGACAUUGAGAGCAUCAAGAAAUACUUGUUCAAAAUCACCAUGAAAAGCCAAUGGAAAGAAGUUGUUCAAAUUUAUAGGCAAAAUCCUCAGGUUCGCAAGGCAAGGAUCACCAGGACAGGUGACACAGCAUUGCACAUUGCAGUGUCCGACAGCCAAGAAGAACAUGUUGAAAAGCUAGUACAAUUGGUUACUGAAAAGGAGCUUCGAAUUCAAAAUGACCGAGGGAAUACCCCUCUCCAUCUCGCAGCAUCGAUGGGGAAUGUGAGAAUGUGUGAGUGCAUUGCCAAAAAAUAUCCGUGUUUGGUCAAUGUUCUUAACAAAGAUAAUGAGACUCCUCUGUUCUUGGCUGCUCUCCAUGGUAGAAAAGAUGCCUUCUUAUGCCUCCACUACAUCUGUACCCCUGCCUUUGAUGAUCCUCAACGCUACAAUAAUUGUAGGAGGACGGAUGGUGAAACUAUAUUGCAUUGCGCAAUUCUCGGGGACUACUUUGAUUUGGCAUUUCAGAUAAUUUACCUCUAUGAAGAUCUUGUGAAUUAUGUCAAUGAGGAAGGGUAUUCCCCUCUCCAUCUUCUGGCUAGCAAGCCUUCUGCCUUCAAAAGUGGUAGCCACCUUAGGCCAUUCAAGAGAAUAAUUUACCACUGUAUAUAUGUUGAUGAUCUCAAGGUGGAACAAAAGGAUCAAUCUAAGCAGGGGUUAAUUAAGACAUUCAAAGAGGAAAAGGAUCCCAAAUAUCCAGAAAACUACCAGACAUGCGUCAACUACUUUCGGGUGUUCAGGAAAUUGGUUCGACUGUUUGUUACCAAAAUUCUGAGAAGAAGAGGACAGAAUUCAGCAGAUACAGAGAACCCUGGAGCAGAUACAGACGGAGCUCGAGGGCAUCAAUCAUUUCCGGUUAAUUACAGCACCUGCUUUGAAUUUGUCAAGCUUAUAUCAAAGGCAAUGCUGAUUGUUCUUGGAUUAGGGUCUAUGGAGAUACGGAAGACAAGGGAAAAGAAAGAAAAGCACAAAUGGGCUUUUCAAAUCAUGAAUGAACUAUUAAAAAGAGCUGUUAUGUACGAGGACGAAGAUAGUGGUAUGAAUCCGCAGGGCGCAGCACCAUCCCGCGGAGACAAUGAUGAGACAAGACCCUAUGAAAUUGAGUCUUUACAAGAUAGCCAACAGAAUAAUAAUAAGGCAAAUAAUGGUAAAGAAAACAUUGCAGAAGGGUCAUCAUCAUCAGCAGAAGCGAUCGAGAUGAAAACCCCUAGUGCAAAGAAAAUUAUGGAAACACCAAUACUGAUUGCUGCAAAAAAUGGUGUGACUGAGAUGGUGGAGAAGAUCCUGGAACUUUUUCCAGUGGCCAUCCACGACAUGAACACAGAGAAAAAGAAUAUGGUGCUGUUGGCUGUGGAGAACAGGCAACCCCAUGUGUACAACUUGUUGCUGAAGAGAGAGAUCUUGAGAAAUAGUCUGCUCUGCAAGGUGGAUGAUAAAGGGAACAGUGCUUUACAUCUAGCAGCAAAGUUAGGAGAACAUAAGCCUUGGCUAAUUCCUGGAGCUGCAUUGCAGAUGCAAUGGGAAAUCAAAUGGUACGAGUUUGUAAAAGCCUCAGUGCCACCAAACUUCUUUUCCCGCCACAAUAAGCAGAGCAAGACGGCAAGGGACAUCUUCACCGAAACUCACGCAAAGGAAGUCGAGGCCGGAGGCCAAUGGCUCAAUAGCACCUCCAAGUCCUGCUCUGUGGUGGCGGCCCUCAUUGCCACCGUGGCCUUUGCCACUUCCACCACUGUUCCAGGUGGCAUGAAACAGGACAGUGGCGAACCGACCCUCGAAAACCAGCCAGCUUUCGAGGCAUUUGCCAUCGCUUCGCUCGUUGCGCUCUGCUUCUCAGUGACGUCAAUGGUGAUGUUCCUGUCCAUCCUCACGUCCCGGUACCAAGAGAAAGAUUUUGGUAAAGACCUGCCAAGGAAGCUUUUGCUUGGCUUGACGUCGCUGUUCGUGUCCAUUGCUUCUAUGUUGGUUUCUUUCAGCGCUGGACAUUUCUUCGUGCUUAAAGACAAGCUCAAAUAUGCUGCUAUUCCGGUUUAUGCAGUAACGUGCUUGCCUGUAACGUUUUUUGCCAUGGCGCAGUUUCCUCUGUAUGUUGAUCUGCUAUGGGCUACUUAUAAGAAGGUGCCUCAACGGAGUUACAAGGUAGCUCCUCCUUAA